AAAAAUUGUGAUGAAUCGAAAAUCUUCCAGACGUUCAAGACGGAGAUCUAGACACCAUAAUGGUUCAAAUACAAAUGGAACCAGCACUGCCAGCAGCCACCAAGGAGGAGGCAAUCAGUCCCAGUUGGCAACUGCUGGUCUUCCCCCAAAUCCCACAGAGUAUGAUGAUGGAUUUACUGCUUCAAGUUCAAACUAUUGUGCAGCCAAUACAUCAGAGUCUGCACUUGCUGACUUUGACAGUGCCCAAAAGAAAGCUGGUGAAAUUCAAAUAUGUGAUCAAGAUACAUUUCAGUCAAAUGCCAUGACUGGGGGAGCAUCCAUCUCCAUCAUGUUGGAACAUAAUGAUGAUGAUAAUGUGAACUCAGACUCUUUCAAAAAGAAUUAUACAGCCAUGAAAAGAUGUGAAAGAACUUACAUCAGCCACCUACCAGAUGAUGUAUUUUUCUUGAUUUUUCAGUUCCUACAGCCUGCUGAUUUGUGUUGUGUUUGUUGUGUAAAUAGGAGGUUUCGUUACUUAGCAUCAAAAGACAGUGUGUGGUUGGCACACGCUAGAAAAUGUGUACUGGUCCAGCCUGUAGCUGGCUUGUCCAGCCGGAUGUGCAGUGUCAAAGAGCUGUGUCGAUUUGCGCCGAACUGGAAGAAAGGGCGUUUCAAAGAGGGGUUUUCAGCCCGGCACAGGAACAGGCUCAUUCCAUGGGUUCGUAAAGAUGAAAAUGAUCUUUGGUUCUCAAGUGGGAACGUAAUACGCUGUUUCAAAACUCAACCUCGAGGAUUUCCUACAGAGUGCAGGGACAGGAACUUGGUUGGAAUGAUGGAAGAUGUUAGCAAGUUCACUGUGAAGAAAAACAUGGUUGUUGGUGGUUGCCGGGAUGGAAGUGUAUUUGGAUGGGACACAACAGGCUGUCCUUUGUUUCACUUCCAAAAUGUACACCGGAGUGAGACGCACUGUGUUGAUUUCACUGACAACAUUGUCAUUUCUGGUGCCAGAGAUGGCACAUGCAAGAUUGUAUCAUUGCAUGAAAGCAGUUCAGAUGGGUGCAUUGUUCAAACUUUUGAUGCUGGCGAGAGGGUGUGGUCCUUGGAGAUUUCUCCUUGUGAAAUAAUGUUUGCUGCAGGGCUGGCUGGAGAUUUUGUGCCAGCUAUCAUUUGGGACAUUGAGAGUGGAAACCGCUUAGGUGACCUUGGAGUAAAUCAUCGUAUGGGAGCAGGUGUCCUUGACCUCAUGUUUGAGUCUCCCCAUGAGCUCUUGACCUGCGGCUACGACACCUUUUUGAGGAUGUGGGACCUGAGGACGAUGACAUGUGUGCGUCAAUGGGAAGAGCCAUAUGACUCUGCUCUGUACUGCGUCACAACGGAUGGUGGCAACUCCAUGGCAGUGGGAACAGCCCGGCACGGGAUGGUGCGCUUGUGGGAUAAAAGAAAAUCUGAGCCUGUCCAGGUUUACUACAGUCACCAGGUGAACAGCCCCGUGUAUGGUCUAGCCAUGGAUUACGGACAUCUCUAUCUGGCUUUGGACAAAGGACUAAAUGUUAUGAACUUCACAAUUUAAAAUUUGAGAUGGGAUGAAAGCAGUUUUUAGUUGGCUCUCCAUGUGGACUAGUAACCUUGUUUAG